UAGCGUCGGACGUAAGCGAAAACCCUUGCAAAAAAUUUCCUCUUUUAAAAACCCCCAAUCUCCCUCUCGCCGCUUCUCCCCUUCUCAAAAUAUCGAUCAUCUCCCCGCACGCUCUCGCUCACAUCGUCCGAUUCCCAAAACAUGGCUCUACCGAACCAGCAAACCGUCGAUUAUCCUAGCUUCAAGCUCGUCAUUGUUGGUGACGGAGGCACAGGGAAAACCACUUUCGUCAAGAGGCAUCUUACUGGGGAGUUUGAGAAGAAGUAUGAACCUACCAUUGGUGUGGAGGUUCAUCCUUUGGAUUUCUUCACAAACUGUGGCAAGAUCCGUUUCUACUGCUGGGAUACUGCUGGACAGGAGAAGUUCGGUGGCCUUAGGGAUGGUUACUACAUCCAUGGCCAGUGUGCUGUGAUUAUGUUUGACGUCACAGCACGACUCACAUACAAGAACGUUCCAACAUGGCACCGUGAUCUCUGCAGGGUGUGUGAGAACAUUCCCAUCGUUCUCUGUGGGAACAAAGUUGACGUGAAGAACAGGCAAGUCAAGGCCAAGCAGGUGACGUUCCACAGGAAGAAGAAUCUGCAGUACUACGAGAUAUCCGCCAAGAGCAACUACAACUUCGAGAAGCCCUUCUUGUAUCUCGCUAGGAAACUUGCUGGCGACCCUAACCUUCACUUUGUCGAGUCACCAGCUCUUGCUCCCCCUGAGGUUCACAUUGACGUUGCUGAGCAGCAGAAGAAUGAGGCUGAUCUCAUUGCCGCCGCAGCUCAGCCUCUCCCUGAUGAUGAUGAUGACGCUUUUGAGUAAACAAAAAAAUCUUCCAAGAAUGUCUGCCCCCUUGGGAAGCUUUGCGUUGUCUGAUUCUCUCUUUUGUUUUGGUUUUGUUCUAUGUUGCGUUGAUGUUACAUAUAGAAUGAACCGAGUGUUUUAGAACUGAUAUUGGGGAAGUAUUGAUAUUGUUCCGGUUUGGAAUAGAGUGAGUUGUUUUUGAACCCAAAGAGAUUUAUACAAUCAAGGAUCUUUUCUC